CAACAAUCAUUCAGUGCUAUUGUCGAACGCAAAGUGUACGACGAUUGUGCGCCCACGGCUAUGUGCAGCCGGACCACGACUUUCCUUGCUUACCUAUUCGGCCGACCUGACGUCUCGGAAUACUUUGAGCUUUUGCAGAGGCCGACCAACGUCAACAACCCAUUGCACCCUCCCCACCGCCGACACCACCCGCGAGGGCCCAUCACCACCAUGAUCGCGCGCUCUGCUAUCUCCCGGCAGGCUCAGCGUGCUGUCCGGCAAUCAUGGACCCAGUCUACUAGGGGCUACGCCGCUGCCUCCGGUUCUUUCCAAUACCAGACUGCCGACUCCAAUGGCAUCAAGAUCGCGAGCAGAGAUAUCGCCGGCCCCGUCUCCACCGUCGCCCUUGUUUCCCGAGCUGGUACUAGAUACGAGACCUGGCCUGGUCUUGCAGAGGCGCUGGACCGAUACGCGUUUAGGAGCACCGAGCGACGAUCGACUCUCCGGAUACAGCGCGAGUCGGAACUGUUGGGCGCUGAGCUGCAGAGCUGGCACGGCCGCGAGAACCUCGUGGUUGGCGCUAAGUUCUUGCGCGAUGACCUCCCAUAUUUCCUCGAGCUCCUGGCUGAGGUCGCGACUUUGACCAAGUUCCAGCCACACGUUAUUCACGAGGAGAUCCAGCCACUCGCCGAGAUGAAUGUCAAGAAGCACCUCGCAAACACUGUUGCUCUUGCUACCGAAAGCGCCCACGGUCUAGCCUUCCACCGCGGCCUUGGCGUACCCGUCGUCCCAACCUCUUCUGCCGCUAUCAGGAAAUACGUCGACGAGGGCACUCUGAGCGACUACGCUCAACAGGCAUUCUCCAAGCCAAACUUCGCCAUUGUGGGUAACGGUGUUGAGUCGGGAGAGUUCCAGAAGUGGGUUGGCGAGUUCUUCUCAGACGUUGGAGACUCACCUGCUGGUGCUCUCAAGACUGAGCAGGCCAAGUACUACGGUGGUGAGGAGCGCAUUGCUCACGGCUCUGGCAACACCCUCGUCCUUGGUUUCCCAGGAUCAAGCUCUGCUACCGGCGCUUUCUACAAGUCCGAGAUCGCAGUCCUCGCUGCCCUUCUCGGCGGCGAGUCCAGCAUCAAGUGGACUCCUGGUUUCUCUCUUUUGGCCAAGGCUAAGGCCGACACACCACUCCUCAAGGUCUCCACCAAGUCACAUAUCUACACUGACGCCGGUCUUCUGACCGUGACCCUCGAUGGAACUACCCGCGAUAUCAACCAGACUGCACCAAAGGUCGUUGAGGCACUGAAGGCCGUUGCCGCAGGUGUCAACUCCGAGGACCUCCAGAAGGCCAAGGCUCUGGCCAAAUUCAAGGAGCUCGAGUACGGCGCAUCAACACAAGCUGGCAUUGAGCUCACUGGUGCUGGCCUUGUCCGCGAUGGCAAGCCAUACCAGAUUGACAGCGUUGCAUCAGCGAUCGAUGGCGUCACAGCAGAGAAGGUGCAACAAGUCGCUAAGGAGGCUCUUGAGAACAAGGCUUCCGUAAGUGCUGUUGGAGACCUUUAUGCUCUGCCUUAUGCUGAAGAGUUGGGACUUCGUGUGUAAAUAUCCUGUCAUCGAACAAAGUUUCCUUGCGAAUUCAGGCGCACAUAGUGAGCUGUAACAAUAUAUG